UCCAAAGUGACAAACCAACCACUGUGCUUCACUUCUUUUUUAAGCUACAUUUUUUUGUUUCUCUCUCUACCAUUCAAGGAUUUCUGCUUCUACUACUUCUUCAGUCUCUCAGAUGAACUGGUGAUAGCUUGCCGAACCUUCACUCCUAAUCCAUGCCGUAUAAUUCAUUCGAUCGUCGUUCAUUUUCUAUAUAAGUUGAUAUGUAUAUAGCCCCGUAAAUAUAUAUAUCAAGAGAGUCAAAUAUCGAAUCAUCAAGAAAGAAUGGACCAAUCGCAACCGUCGAUUGUGACAAAGGAUUUGGACAUCCCUCUCCACACGAUCGGGUUCGAGAUCGAUCACCUUUCGCCUAACAAAGUUUCGGGUCACCUCCCUAUAACUUCAAAGUGCUGCCAGCCGUUUAAGGUUCUGCAUGGAGGGGUUUCGGCAUUGAUAGCUGAGUCACUAGCGAGCAUGGGGGCCCACAUGGCGUCGGGGCUGCAGAGGGUGGCCGGAGUACACCUCAGCAUCAACCACCUCAAGAGUGCUAAAUUAGGCGAUUUUGUUGUCGCCGAGGCAACUCCGGUCAAUGUGGGGAAGACUAUUCAGGUCAAACUUACUAUAUAUAGUAAUAAUGUGUUUUAUCUUAUUUUCAUAUUUCGAAAUUUGAAAUGUUAAAUGUCGUUUCAAUUUU